CCACCGAGACGCGUCGCUCCGGUCGCUCCGGUUCGCGUCUGCCAACGUCGCGUCGCGGUGCAGCCCGUCGUCGUCGCUCGCCGUCGAGUGAAUCCGCGUCGGAUCCAGGGAGUCCGCGAGAGACAGUGACAGCUGUCAUCCCUCAUCAUCAUCAUCAUCAUCAUCAUCAUCCGCCGUGGUCUCGCGAGUGUCACUUGCGAGACAGGAGAGACACCGUCUCCUCGGAAGGAUGGCGACACCGACAUGAGGGUGUCAGGCUCGCGACGAGAUAGUCUACGAGGAGGCUGGCUGGCUCGCGGCUCGCCCUCUCGGUGAUCUCCCGUUGCUGCUGCUCGAGAGAGGAAGAGUAGAGAUCGGGAAGGAUACGGAUCGAUAGGCCAGCUGGUGGCCGCACAUUUUCUUCGCUCUCGCGGUCCCCAUUCCCUGGGGGUGCGGCCCCAGGAUGGUGAAGGCGCCCAACGUUGGUCCCGCCGGCGGCACGCCGGCCAUCAGACGGAUCCAUCCCGGCCCGGAGAUCGCCAUGAAUCCCAGGAACCUGCCCACGGCGUCGGCGAGCAUGCCGCCCGCCAUGCGAGGAGAUGCCGACGGCGUCGACAGAACGACGCCCGUUUUUCACCCCCAGGUGGACGUCUCCACGCAGGUGGACCUCCACGGCGGCUACGGGGUUCCCGGCAGCCUGGACUCCUGGGAUCGUCGGGCGACCCCGUUGUACUCGCGGGAGGACAUCAAGGAGCAGUACUGCAUCACCAGCCGGCAGCUGGACGCGGUCGAGAAGUCCGGGGGCGGCUUUUUCGGCUGCCUCUCGACCAGGGGCCCGUCGCCCUGCAGCUCCACCAGGAACUCCAUCCUCUCGGCGUGCGUGCGUAGCGUCCCCAGCGACGAGAACCUCUGCGACGCGCCCUAUCCUCGCAGGCCCCUCCAGAUCAUGUAUCGUCAGCCUUACUCGACCUACUCCCGCGACCGACUCCUGGCGCGAUACGAUUUCGAGGACGAGACCGACUGGAUCGAGAGUUCCUACUUCCGCCGAAGGCCGAGGUCCUUCUGCACCGUGCCCGACCCGAAGAGAUACACUUGGGUCCCGGAAGACGAGGAAUCCAUGAGGCUGGAGGGUCCGCGGCCGGUCUUACCACCUAUACCGCCUCCUCCGAUUUCCAUGACGGCGACGCAAGGACCGCAGGCUCCGAAGACGAAGCACGUGAGCUUCGCGAGAUCGCACACGCUCACGUCGUUCGAAGUCCCGAGGAACAGAAGCCCGCCGAGGCCGCAUAAUCCGGAGCGUCUCAUAGACUCGCAGCCGACAAUGCAGAAUACUAUACUGCCCUCGUCCUUGCCCUUAACGCACCCCUAUCCUGGCAUCGAGCCACGUGUCCUCGUACUUGAGAAACCACCCAAACGCGGUGCCAUGAAGACCCAGGCGACGCAGACGGAGAUCCCGGCGAUGUUUCGCGGUCGCGUGCUCCCGGUGACCCUGAGUCCCAGGACGAUCCACCGUGUCAAGAUGGUUUCGCAGGGCGCCCAAACAAACGGUUACUUUAAUGGGAGGAAAUUGACCAAGAGCUACUCGGAAGCCGGACAAUUGGGCACCCCGCUUGGCGGCGUAGGAACACCUGCGAAAGAGGAGACCGACCACGAACCGCUCCACAGGACACAAAGCGAGGAACCGCCGAGGUCACCCUUUCUCGUUUCGACCACGCCGCCGCUGCCGCCAUCUUUCACCUCCACCACCGUUGUUGUCGAAGAAUCCUUGCCGAACGGAGAUAUUGUUCCCGUCGGGGUUCAUCGGGAGCAUCGUCGCAAAUCCUUCGAUAUAGACGAUCAGGAGAUCUUUAUAAAUUUCAAACCGGCACCGGUGUCGCCGGACGCGCGUGCCCUUCUCAGCCGGAUUUCCGAGCCUACGCGUAGAUUUCUACCCCUCCAGAAGACCUUCUCCGACGGCGAGAUUCGUAUCGAGAGGCGCGAGCUCAUCGGCGAGAGCAGCGAGCCGAGUUAUCCUCACACCUGCAUGAGGAAUCAACAGGACCCUGUCUGGGGGAGAGCUGUCAGAACGCCCGUCCAAUUUUCCUCGACGCCCGAGGAUCUGUCCUUGUUACGAAGUCUCUCGCCCCCCAGUGAUCAUCACGAAGAGGAAUUCCAUGAAAAUCUGAUACGUCGGGGUCUCUUCCGAAAGAGAAGCGUAUCUCUCGAGGAUGGAGUGCAAGGUCUGUCUUCGGAUGAUUUCAUGCUGCCAAGGUCACUUCCUACUUCGCCCACAUCGCCAACUGCAGCAGCAACGACACGUAGGAUCUCGCAGACUCCGAAGGACGAUUCGAUGCCGAGCUGCGCUCUUUUGCACACGGCGAUCUGUCCACCUGUCUUCAGCACCGGGGCCGGGAUUGCCGGCAUCAUCGGCCAGACGACAUCGCCGUUCGCGUCCAGCGACUCGCUGACGAAUGACGUCACCAGGGACCACAGCGACGGGAUAUGGAACGAGUCGCAGGCGACGGUUCUCCAGGCCGACUCGCUAGCUUUAUUAACGCCGUCCUCGAGAAGGAGGCAUCUCCUGCUGCUGCAGCAUCAGCAACGCUCCUCGAUGGACACCGAGGCUCUCGACGUCGAAGACGAGAUAGAGCCUUGUCCUCCGAGUCCUAGGAUACGUCUGGAACCGGCCACCCCGGUACAACCCCUUGCACCAAGACGUCAUUACAGAACAAUACAAGAUCUGUUACCGGUACAGUUUCAACAAAUUUACUACAAUGAUGUACCCGCAACAGCACAUAUUUAUGCCUACGAUAUUCUCGAGUCGUCUAUUUCCGCGAGCAACGGCCGGCCCAGAAGCGGAUUACGUCGCGCGAGUCCAGGCCCGCCCUUGUCCCAACCCCAGUCGCAGUCGUCGAGCGAGUUCGGCUUGAGCCUGGCGAGGACCGACUCGGGCGGACGCACCAACACCGACCUUUCCGAGACCUCCGAGGAUUACGUCACUGCCAAUACUUCUACGGAAACCGGGACCACCACUGGCACGUCCGCCACGACCAGCUCCUGGUCGAGGCCGCCGCAGACGUCCAGCGCCGCGGCUUCGGCGGCUUCUGCGCCCGCUUCGACCACUGCGACCGCCGCCGAGGGCAGCUCCUUCGAGAGCGCCAGCUCGAUCUACAGCCUGGCGAGGAGCGAGGCCGUUGUCGAGGAGCCGUGUAGUCCGCCGCCGAUUUUAGAGGAAGCGGAAGUCGCGUUCGGAUUAGAACUACCUCCGCCGGCGAUGAGGUCCAGCAGCAGCAGCAGCUCGGGUAGCUACGAUCUAAAGGACGCGAUGGCGGAUCCGAAUCACGAUCUCGAGCAAGUCGCUCCAACCAGCGGCCAUGCUUCAGAGACUGAAGACCGCGAUGAGGGUCACCGAUCGUCAUCCGGAGGUUACGCCGAGUCUCCGCCCGAAGUUCGCAUGUGGAGCGAAGAGGAGCGUCGUCGGAAGAAGAAGACCUUCAGCCUGGACUUCCUCGGGGCCGGGCCGAACAACGUCGAGCUGGAGCACAGCGUGGAGCCGACGUAUCCGGAGAACGUCGAGGUCAGUCCGACGCCGAGUCAUCGUCAUCGAUCCCGAAGCAAGCCAACGGCUCGAAGUCCCCAUCGAAACAACAGAAAGCGAGAUGCGAUGCAACAGUCGGCGCAGCAACAACAGCAACAGCAGCAACAACAGCAGCAGCAGCAACAGCAGGCGCUCAGCAGAAGUCCUCAGAAGGAAGAAUGGAGGGUCGAACAAGUCGAAGACGGUGCUCACGCGCCGACGUCCGAUGAUUCCAGCUGCAGUCAUCAUUAUCAUAUGCAUCACCAUCAUCAUCAUCAUGUGCAUCCGCGGGAUGCUGCGGAGAGUGGAAGGCAUCGAAGGACCAGGGAAAGCCCGAGGAGGAAGACGAGUAAUUACCUCUCUAUUAGAAGACGUAGCAAUGAGGACAAGAACGCGGCGUUGACGGGCAGUCUGCCGCGAAGGAAGUCGCGCCUCGCGGACGACAUAGUUUGCGCGACUCGUCUGAGUCCGGGUCGUUACCAGCGAAGUCCAGGGCACAAUGGUCAGCGGGCGCUCGUCGUGGAGACGCAGAGCCCGGAGGCGAGGCUGAAAGCCGUGUCCGCGGAAUCCUUGAGAUCCGUCAGCCCCGGAAGCGACAGCGUUUUCUACAGCGAGAGCGCCGACCAGCCUCUCGUCUCCGCGGCGGCUGUCGCCGCUUUGGACGCCGCGCACUGUCACCAUUGCGGCAGAGAGGUGUCGGAAGAGAUCGUUCGACCACCGGCAGGUUUUGCGGAUUCCCCGGAAGGACACAGAACAUCCUCCAAGCACGUUACAGGGCACCGGCUGUACAAGAAGUUCGACAAGAGGUACAGAUCGGAAGAUCGAGGAGAUCGCAGGCAUCGGCGCAGCAGUGCCGGUAGAUCGGAAAUUCGGGCAAAAUCGGAGGAGAGAACCACCUCUCGAUCGGGAAGCAGAGGUUCGAUCGACGACGCUGGCAGAAGAAGGCUGCAAGCUCGAAGCACCGAUGUCAGCAUGGAGAUUCUCACGGGACGAGAAGACGAAGACACUUAUGUGGAACCGUACACGAGCAGCGAAUGGAUUUAUAUCGGAGAGCUCGAAGAGAGUCACGUGUGGAGGAGACCCGACAGCAGAGACGGCGACGACGACAUUACGGACACUAAAGACAGACGGGACUCUCAAGAAUCCACGGAGAGCGAGAAGAAUUUUAAGAAGAGGUAUCAAGCGGCCACGCACAGGAUGGUGCAUCGAAAGAGCAGCGGUGAGAUGUACAAGAGGAUACAAACCAAAAGUUUUGGUGAAACGACGAUGGUGUGCAAUUCCGCGAGUUCCGAGUGCGCGAUGAAGGUGGACGGAGACGUGACGUUGAAGCAAUCUCUGGAGGAGCUGCUGAAAUGCAUGCUCAGGGUUUGGUGCAGAGAGAGUCAGGCUCUGGCGAGGUUUGGCGCGUCGACGACAGAGAGCGACAAGAGGGUGGUCGUGAAACGCGAGGCUGGCGGGGAAUUCGGAUUCCGCAUUCACGGUUCCAAACCGGUGGUGGUCUCCGCGAUCGAGCCGGAUACGCCCGCGGAGAGUUCCGGUCUCGAGGUAGGCGACAUCAUCAUGUCGGUGAACGGCAGAAGCGUCAUGGACGCCACUCAUUCGGAAGUCGUGAGACUCGCGCACUCCGGCACAGACGUCCUGGAACUCGAAGUUGCGAGGACCUGCAAUGUGUUGGCACCCCGUAUUGCUCGUUCGGGGGCGAAAGAAAGCUCCGACGAGAUACCCAUGUGCACGGGAUAUCUCUGGAGAAAGUCUACGUCGUCAAGCACGGAAAAAUGGGUGCGCAGAUGGUUCGCUCUUCGUCGUGACAACUGCCUGUAUUGCUACAAGACUGACUCGGAUUCGCAACCGGUGGGCGCGGUGAUGCUCCUCAAGUACGACGUGGAGCAGACGCCUGAAUUGAGAGUGCACAGUUUCGCGAUAAAGAAACAAGGCGCACCGACGUUACGACUGGCAGCUGAUACCGAAGAGGCGGCAGCACGAUGGACGAUAGUCAUACGCGAAGCAGUCGAGAGGAACAAUCAGAUUGACACUUGGCUGGACUCGUCGCUGAGGAUGAGAGAGAUGGCCGCCUGCGCUAUCGCGAGGCCGGACUGCUUCGGUUAUCUGAGCAAGCAGCAGGAACACGCGCGAAAGACGUCCUCGCCCACCGGCUGGUCCAGACGGUAUUGCGUGCUGAAGGACGCCGCGUUAUACUUCUACGAUGACGCCAACGCCGAGAAGGCGUUCGGCGUGGCGUGUCUGCACGGCUUCAGGGUUCACAGCAGCGCGCCCAGCUCCGGCGGCCGGAAGCACGCUUUCGAGCUGCAGCCGCCGGAUCCCACACAGAGAAGCUACAUCUUUGCCACCGAGACGGAAAUGGAUAAGAAACGAUGGUUGGCUGCCCUCGAGUAUUCGAUCGAUCGAUGGAUCAAAAUAGGUUGAUGCAAAAUAAUCCGCCCUACGACGAAUCCAACGAGUCGCAGUAGCGAAGAUCGUCCAUGGAGAUCCUCUUCCGCACCUGUUUUCGGUUCCUAAAUAAAACAAACAAACAAACAAGCAAACGCGAAUCUGCCGAUUGGUUAUCUCGACGAUCAUCACACAAAUACACACACAGAUACACAAAAAUACUUGGAUGUUUCGCCAAGAUCUUCAUCUUUCAACAUUAUUGAACCUCAUCAUCGUGUCAUCGAUCAUCAUCAUUGUAACUGCUGAUUAACAGUGACGUUUACGUGAAGUUGUUCGAAUAAAAGUCAAUGCUACGGCAAACAGACUCGGCAACUUUUGUGUUCCAUUUUCAGCUGAUUGACUCGUCAUCGUUGCUUAUCUACCAUCGGAAUUGUUUAUCAGCAGUAAUGCAAUUCCAUAUCGGGGCUAAAAACGAUAUAAUCCUGAGCAGCGAGUUCGGUUCUCGAUGCUACAGAUAUAUAUAUAGUUUACCCUAGAGAACAUGAGAACAAUCGUAUUUUUUCUCGUCGCGAAUAAAUGGCUCAGCACCAUCGGAAUCCAAUAUUGUCGAAAAGUUACACCGAUUCCGAGAUUUCCAGGAUUAAAUUUCCAUUUUUGAAAAAAAAAAAAAAAAAAAAAAACUCAUCGAACCCCUGAAUAAUGGGAAACUUUUCCCAUCGAAUAAUGGGAAACUUUUCCCAUUUCAAUCCUACAUCCUGUCCACAUUGUACAUGUUAUCGCUGGAUAUGGCGCUUCGCUGAAUCAAAACGUGUAAAAAAAAAGAGAGAAAAAAAUUAUGGACACUAAAAAAUCGAAUCUCCCGAGAGUUUUUUGUAAUAACGAGACCCAUAGUUCGACGAUUCCCUGAUACGUCUGCGAAAAACGAGGACUCUUCACGGUUGUGUUUGUCGCUGAAACUCUAUACGCACAUAAAGAUAAUUCUACGAUUGCGAGGAGGGAAUAAAUUAAAAAAAAAUAUAUAUAUAUCUUUUUAAGAACGAGACGAAAACGAAUUCUCGAAUGUUCAAUAAAAUUGUAUAAACGACGCGAGAAAUCGAUAGAAAGGAAAAAAAGUAGUUUAAAAACCCUUCGCCAGACACGCGCAUGUGCAUGCGUAGUUAUGCGAUAGUUAUGCGUACGUGCAUAUUAUGGAAUUGCCAUUAAUUAUAUAUGUAACGUUAAUUCUUACCAACAACGCCAAUAUACAUACUUGUAACAAUCGAAGAAAAAAAAUAAAUAAAUAGAAGGAAACACUCCGCG